AUGUCGCCGUCGGCCUCGUGGAAGUUCGCCCCUCUGGGCAAGCCUUAUGUUCCUAGUCCGAACAUUAGGAAGCUAGAAGGUGUUGUGUUUGAUGUUGAUGGCACGCUAUGCCUCCCCCAAAACUACAUGUUCGCCGAAAUGCGUGCAGCCCUAGGCAUCCCCAAAUCAGUCGACAUCCUCGAGCAUAUCUACUCCCUUCCCACUCCCGAAGCCCAGACCACAGCCAUGGAGAAGAUCCGCUCCAUCGAGCGCCGCGCCAUGGAGCACCAAAAACCCCAGCCCGGCCUUGUCGAGCUUAUGGCCUACCUGUCAAGCAAAAACAUCCGCAAGGGCAUCUGCACGCGCAACUUUGAUACCCCCGUGCAUAAUCUGCUGACCAAGUUUCUGGCGGGACACGAGUUUGCGCCGAUUGUGACGAGGGAUUUCCGGCCGCCUAAGCCUGAUCCGGCGGGGAUCCUGCAUAUUGCCCGGAGUUGGGGGUUGGUCAGGAGGAGUACGGGCGAGGCUGGUGUGCCGGCUGAUGAGACGAGGGAAAAGGAGAGGGUGAAGAGAGGUGAUGUGGAGAAGACGAAUGGGGAUGGAUUGUUGGCUAAGACGGAGGAGGGCGAGGAAGUAGCUGAUGCGAGCCAAUUGAUUAUGGUGGGGGAUAGCAUCGACGAUAUGACCGCCGGCCGCAGAGCAGGCGCCAAAACGGUGCUGCUCGUCAACGAUGUCAACCGGGACCUCAUCAACCAUGAGUACACCGACAUGGCGAUAAACCGCUUAGACGAGCUGAUAGACAUUCUGGAGAACGGACGACUUUAA